UAAAAUAUACUAAAACUCUUUCACCAAACCCAUCGCAUUCAUUUCACCAAACCCAUUUUUCAGCUCUCUGUGAACAAUCUAUCUGUGAACAAUCUAGCACACAAAAAUGGAGGAAGCAUCUAAAACCAUUGCAUACCAAAUCAGAGAUUUUGAAAUUCUGUUCUAGAUCGUUUGCUGUUGUUCAAUGGCGUCGGCUCAGGUGCUACCGAACAACUCUGCUUCGUCUCGGAAGCAAGAGCAUUUGGAAGCUGACAAGCGUCGGAUUCAAUCAGGAUCGAUUCCGCCUCUUUUGAGUGGAAAAGAUGUUCUUGGUGCUGCAAGGACUGGUUCUGGUAAAACCCUUGCUUUUUUAAUUCCUGCUGUAGAGCUUUUGUAUAAACUUAAGUUUAAUCCUCGAAGUGGAGCUGGUGUUGUUGUCAUAUGUCCCACUAGAGAGCUUGCUAUUCAGUGCCUCAUUGUUGAUGAAGCUGACAGGCUAUUGGAAGCAAACUUUGAGGAUGAAUUGAAGCAGAUUAUCAAGCUCCUCCCAAAGGUCGAUAUGAUUGUAGUUACCGAUGGGAGCAGAAUUCUGGGACUUGGAGAUCUUGGUGUUCAAGUAAUUGGCAUUGCAAUUGGGAAGCUUGAUCUAUAUGUUGCUGCUGCUGGCAUGAAUCCUCAAAGGGAAUUUGAUCCAAUCAUUUGCAUGGAAGGUGGAGAGUGGAUAUUGAAUUCAGUGCCUUAUUGUUUCAAAACUUGUCUCAAUUUAUUUUCCUUUUCUAAUUUUGAUAGAGAUGAAGCUGAAAUUCAAUUCCUGAAGUUUAUAUUAGAAAAUGCCCCAAUUUUAAAAAACACUCAUAUAUAUGGUUCUGACAGUCUAUUAGCUGAUUUGAAGAAGAAGACUGAUGUUUGCAACAGAAUGGAGUCUAUGACUUGCCAAAGCUCAUGUCCUUGCUCAUGAUGGGGGCUAUCACCAACUUGUUAGUCAUUGGUAUAUUAGACAACGCCCUACUUAGGCCUGGGCGUUUUGACCGCCAGAUAACAAUUGAUGUACCCAACAUUAAAGGCCGUGACAAGAUUUUUCAGAUUUACUUGAAAACAAUCAAACUUGACC